AUGCCGCAAGCUACUAAGCUCAGAUGGCAUCCUGCUGUCAAUCCUCUUCUCACAAAACUUCUCCUAGCUGCACCGCCAGUAAAGAUGAAGCCAUCGACGCCAACCCCCCCACUAAAGAUGAAGCCAUUGGCGCCAAACCCACAGCCAAACGAGUCCGCCGCACACCAUAUAUCCGCUGGAAUUUCUACAGACAAUAAGGCAAAGCACAUGCGCAAUCCUCGAGUGCACCUCAUCAAUGCAGCCCGCCAUGACCCAUUGAAUCCUGAUCGUCAGGCGAUCCUCAUGACAAUCACUGCGUAUACUAAGGAACCUACCCCUUCGUUCGAAGCUGGCAAGAUUACAUUCUGGUUCUCGCUGUCAAUUCCAUAUCGGAAGGAUCUUCUCAUACAGCUAGUAGAACUGGGAGUAAUUGAGUAUACCGGCUGGAAACUGAGCGAUCCUCCCGCGCUAGAGGUCCGUCUACUUCUCAGAGGAGACCAAUGCUCUAGACCAUGUUGUGGCUGCGGGAACUGGGAACAACUUGAUGAACCAGAUAAGGAAACUGGGAAAAGAAGGUAUAGCAGGUUAUUGAGGUGCAGUGGAUGCCUUCAAUGUUUUUUUUGCUCUAAAGAGUGUCAAACUCUUCAUUGGGAAGACCAUUCUAAAUACUGCGGUGUCAUUAGACAGGCGUAUGGUGAUUCGCUGGUAUAUUAA